GAAAACUCAAUGUUCAAACUUUAAAAACGAAUUUUGGAGGCGUGUCGUGAAUGUAAUUGUUUAUAACUCUAAUCUAUAAAGUGGUCUUUUUGUUGAUUGCCUACGGUUUAACCCAUAUAUUUAACAUUAGAAGUGGUACUUUAAUAUACAGUGAUAAGUGUUCUCUGUUAAAAAUGACUGUAAAGAGGGAGGAUAUUGAAAAACAUUUUGAUGAAACUAUUGAAAAAAUAACCAAAGAUCUUCGCCACCUAAUGAGUAGAUUAUGGGAAAAUUGGUCGCACUUAGGCGUUGAUGAGAAAACCAAAUUUACAAAUAUCAUUAAGUUACACCAAAUCGAACAAGAUUUUCACAAUGAAGUAAUGACAGAGACAACAUUGAAAAUGAAACGGCUACAAGAACAAAUUGAAAGUUUAAAAGAAGAAACUGAAGAAUUGAGCAGAAGUCUGUCAAUAAAUAUAGAGUUGCAGUCAAUGACAGAAGAUACCCUGCUUUAUGAGUAUAAGAAAGAUUUAGAAGAUCAGAUAGCUGGUUAUAGAGAGCAAGUGAAGCAACGUAAGAUCAAAAUGGAACGAUUGAUGGAGUGGCAGCAGGACUUGAGUGAGAAACUUGGUGUAACUAUGCAACAACUUCAAGAAAUACCACUGCCAUCAGAGGAGGAGUUAAAUCAGCUAAAAGAUAACUUAGAGGUGCUGCAAGCUGAGAGGGAUAGAAGGGUGGAAAGCUUCCUCUACACACAGGUUGAGAUAAAAAACAUUAUGGACAAGUUGCAAAUGAAACCACAAAGCAAAUUUGAGCAGAUGGUUGUAUCAUCACUGUCAGUUGACUUCAAAGUAACGGAUAUGAAUAUGGAUAGGCUUGCUAAACUUCAACAAGAUUUGCAGGAGAAAUAUGAACAAACUAACAAUAGGGUAUUGGAGUUACGUGAGCGUUUAGCGAGGUUAUGGGAAUGCCUAGAGGAAGACCAAAUUUACAGGGACAACUUUCUUCAAGCACACCCUGGCUGCAGCCCCCCCACUGAGGCAGCUCUUAAGGAAGAACUGAAACGUUGUGAGCUGAUCAAACGGCAGAAGAUUUCUGUAUUUGUGGCAAAUAUCCGUACCAAGAUAAAGCUAAUGUGGGACAACCUGAUGUACUCUCGCGAACAACGGGAUGAGUUCCAACAUUACCAUGUGGACCACUACACUGAAGAUAUACUGGCACUACAUGAGAUGUACCUUGAGAAGAUUACCAAGUUCUAUGAAGAACAUAGAGAUAUUUAUGAGUUAGUGGCGACCCGUAAGGGACUGUGGCAGAAGAUGACGGAGCUGGAGUCCCGGGCAUCGGCCCCUGGCCGCUUUAACAACCGCGGAGGGCAGCUGCUUAAGGAGGAACGGGAGAGGAAGGCCAUCGCUAGCAGUCUGCCAAAUGUGGAGGCUCAAAUUCGGGAGAAAGUCCUGAAAUACGAAGAAGAGACGGGUGUGACGUUUACCAUUGAUGGGAAGCCCCUACUGGAGCUUAUGAAAGAUGACUGGGAGAAUAGAAAGGCGGAGCGUCAAAACAAAAUGUCAGCCCGUAAACAAGCGUUGACGCCAACCACACCCAGUUUCCGGUCUUUGGCAACUUCACCCCUUGGAAAACGUAACCGUACAGCAGCGGGACUAGCGCAUACCGCCGAUAGGAACAGGCCACCGACGAAACGCCAGUUGGUGACGGGCAGUGCUACAAAAGCCACCUCUAUAUCAACAGCGAACCGCUCCGUGCUUAAGAGAUCCGCUAUUACUUCUAUCAAAAGACGCAUGAGCGGUCGUUUGGCAGCUCGCGAAGAAGGCAAGUGUGAAGCGAAGCGGAAGUUGGACUACCUCGACCCAAACGCCAAGAACACAAAGAUCAUUGUAAAUGGCAGCAUUCUUAAGCACAAGCGUACUUCACUUAGCCGCCGACGUUCCAAUCGUCAAUCGGUGAAUGUCACUCAAGCUACAUCUGGAGAUGAGCAGCCGCUGGCAGAGUCUACUAUGCUCACGACUUACACGGAUUUUAGGGACGGCAUCCAUCUUAAACAAAUCAGUCGAAGUUCAGUUGCGCACAACGUCGAUAAAGAUAUCGUAACCAUCAAAGUUGAGACUCCCAAGACUGUACUCAGAAAUGCGGUCCAUACUCCAAGAGGGAAGGAAAACACCCCAAAUCCCUCGAGUUUACUUGUUACACCCAACCGCCUGACGCGCUCAGCCACAAAGUUGAAUCUUGAUGGGUUCGCAACGCCCCGUACACCGCUUAGUUCAAAGAACAAUGUUGUUAAGAAUAUGCAUUUGAAGACGACACCGAAUAGUGUUGGACGGUCCAAGUCACAAACACAUCUGGUCAGAGCGAAGAACCUACCGCCCCUUAUUUAAUCCACUAUGGCCUUAGGUAUGUUCUCAAUCUUUUCAACCAAAGUGGGAUUGCCUGGGACUAGGCAAUCCCACUUGAGAAGUUCCGAAAGAGGAAAAUAUGAAAAAAUAAUGUGUAAGUUGGUCUGGCAAUUUUUAUAAAAUAUUUUCUAAAAGGUAUUUGUUUGUGUCUUCAGAAGUUAUUUUUGAAAGUAAAUUAUUGUAUUUAUAAUGAAACUCAAAUUUGGGCUGCUUUAAAAGUAUUGGUAUUCUCCUUCGGAGAGCCUAAACAUUUUUGUCUUAACAAACCUAAGUAAUUUGUUUAUUUAUUUUAUAUGAGAUUCAUUGUAUCUUUAAAUCAUUACAACGUCCAAAAUUAUUUAAAAAUAAAAUUCUAGAGUUUUUAAAUUGGUAAUAAUUUCCUUAGGAGUAGUGGUAAAUAAAUAAACCGGAGAGGUUUUUCAAUCCGAUUGAUGCUGGUUUUCUUAGAUGGUUGUAAGGUGGUUGUAUAUAUUUGAUGAAUUUAGAAAACCCCCGUUAUUGAAAGUCUUUACAGCGGUGCUACUAUGUAAAACCGAUGGCGAUAAAUCUAACCAAUAUUUUUCAAAUAUUCAUUCUAAUAGAAUAUCACUAGAUAAAACCCAAUUUCACGUAGUUGUAUGUAGGGCUGAUGUUAUAAAUAUCAAACACAUCAACGACGAUUUGGGCGGAAUCGCUGUUGAAGUUACAGGGUAAGCGUGCAGACAUGACAUGAUAGUAAACAUAAAUCAGUUUUCAGUAACGGGGGAUUUUUAAAUUUGUUUUAAGUUAAUCUCAUUAAAUUUUUUUCUAAUCUCUAUGUAUUAUGUAUCGUUAUUUUUGCAUUGUCGCAUUCAAAACGGUAAAUAGUCCAUAUUAUUCUCAAUUCUAUAUUUGACAGUAACGCAAACAGGUAUAAUGACAAUUGACUGUGUUUGAUGAAUAUAGAUUAAAAAAUCAGGACAUUUAAAAAAAUAAAUCUGUAUGUUUGGCGUGUUUUCUCUUGUCUUCUCCGAUAUGAUGGAUGUCUCCAUAUUACAGAUAUAGGUAGGUAUUUAAUAUGUUUAUUAUAUUUUUGUACCUAUAACUCGGAUUAUUUUACGUUAAGUUUUUUUGUAAACGCCCAUCGACUUUUGAGAUUUUUAUUUUAAUCAUUAAUGUUUUUACUUUAAGUUUUUUGACAUUUGAAUGUAGUUUAGAUUAUGUGAUUUUUUCUUAGUCCACUCUUUGAUAGCAGCUUCAGUACUUAAAGCUAAGAGUAUUAAACGUUCCCAUUGUAUGUUUGUUUAUUUUUUAAUUUAGUUAUUGGCAUCAGCCCCUGAAUCGGCAAGAAUCGCAUUCAUAUUACAUUUCUGUUUCGAGCGUUGUUUUUAUUGCUUUUACUGUUCUCGAGAAUAUAGAGUAGCAAAUAAUCGCGUAUGAAAUCUUGCCAAUUUAUCUACGGUAACUAUACUGGGCUUAUUUCUUAGGAAUGUUUGAAAGUAAAUAUAUUUGAUUUUUUAAAAUUUAUUUGGCAAAAUAUCGAAUUCGUCCACAAAUUUUAGCCUCAUAUUUAGGUUGCACCUGGAGUUUUUAGGAUAAACUUUAGUUGUAUCAAGGGCAUUCUUUGUAAUCUUUACAAUGCGUACCUAUUUAUUAUGUUUUAUCCUUAUAUCAUCUUUAUAUCUUAAGCGCCUCAAACGUUAGCCGCCAUGUAUUUUGCAAGUUCCGUGUAAAUAAAUUAUUUGUA